CAGACAUAACUCGCCAGGACCGAAAAUAUUCCAGUCAUUAGCGCGCGUGUCCCCAACCCUAGAUCGACCAUCUCCCUCAGCGUCGGCGCCGCCUCACCGUGCCGCCGUACUGCGCCUCCCUCUGUCUUUUCACCUCUCCGACCUCCUGACCUGGCGCUGCGCGCCGCCACACUUCUGGCCUCCGCCGAGCAGCCUGCUCCGCCGUCCGCCGCCCGGAGCUGCACUCUGCAGUUGUCCUCUAAGCACACCUAAGGCAUGGGACAAGGCGAUUUGCUAGAUGAUAGCUUUCCUGCUAAGAAACGAAGCAAGGAUCUGGGCCAGAAGCCCAGAAAGAAGAGGAACAACAGGGAGGAUGGGAACACAGGGAAAGGGCGUGCCAAGGACCACCACUCGGAUAGUGCUAUGAAUCUCAGGGGUACGAAGGAUCAGAAUGCAUCACAAUCCGCCGAUGCUUCAACGAAUGUAAUAAGGAAAAAGGUUGAACCUGAAACUGCAAAGUACUUUCUGGAGAUAUCGAAUCUCUUUGACAAUAAGGAGAUCGAUUUGGAGGACCGGUCGACUAUAUGCGCUAAUGCUCUGGAGGAAACUAAAGGGAAAGAGCUCGAACUCAUCACUGAUGGUGUUAUAAGCCACACCUUGCAGAUUCUUGUCCAAGGCUGUGAGUUGGAGCCGUUGUGCAUGUUCCUCCGCAGCUGUAUUCAGUCUUUUCCUGUUAUUGCCAUGGACAAAUUUGGAUCUCAUGUGGCUGAAGCAGCUCUCAAGUCACUGGCAACACAUCUUGAAGAUGGGACCUCCAGGGUCAUUGUACAAGAGAUAUUGAGCAAGAUAUGCAAGGUUAUUGCUGCAGACGCUACUAAUGUGAUGUGCAGCUGCUAUGGAUCUCAUGUUCUAAGGACGCUUCUCUGUCUUUGUAAGGGCGUCCCAUUAGAUUCAUUGAAAGAUUUCCACACGACUAAGAGAUCUGCUGUUCUGGCUGAACGAUUGAGCUGUGCUUCAAGCAGAUCAGGCGACCAGAAUCCGGUAAACUUUGAACAUGGUUUCUCAGACAUGUUUAAAACUUUUGUCAGGCAAAUGCUACAAAAGGCAGAAAAUGGCAUUUCCACGUUACUAACUGAGAAGAACAGUAGCCUUGUUUUACAGACUGUGUUGAAAUUAUCUGCUGGCGAUGAUCAUGAGUUGAACCACAUUAUAUCCGUUCUUCUUGGUUACGAUGAGGAUGACACUGCUCAGAAGGAAGAUAACAGUGAACAAAAGAAUAAAAUCGUUGCUUUACUUGAAGACACUGCUUAUAGUCAUCUCUUGGAGGUCAUUAUAGAUGUUGCUCCUGAGGAACUGCGCAGCAAUAUGCUUAUAGGCACUCUUAAGGGUGCAUUAUUUGCAAUCUCAUCUCACCAUUGUGGUAAUUAUGUCGUACAAGCUUUAAUCUCAUCAGCCAAAACUGCAGAUCAGAUGAAGCAAAUCUGGGAGGAACUUGGUCCUAAAAUCAAGGAGUUGCUUGAGCUAGGUAAAACAGGAGUGGUGGCUUCCAUUUUAGCGGCAUGCCAGCGGCUUGAAACAUAUCGCCUUGAGAGCUCUGAAGCUCUUUCUGCAGCAAUAGCGCCAGAUUCCGAAUCUCCUGAUAGCAUCGUUGCACAUUUACUUUUUCUUGAGAAUUUCCUUCGGGAGAAAUCAUAUUGGAAAUGGCCACCUGGUGUCAAGAUGAGUGUUCUUGGUUGCCUGAUGCUGCAAUCAAUUUUUCAAUACCCACAUCAAUAUAUUCGGCAAUAUGUUGCAAGCUUGUUGGCUUUGGACGAUGGUCAGAUCCUCCAGAUUGCCAAGGACUCUGGAGGCAGCCGUGUUCUUGAGGCAUUCCUAUGUUCCAGUGCAACAGCAAAGCGAAAAUUCAAAGUUUUUGCAAAAUUGCUAGGCCAUUAUGGGGAAAUUGCUAUGAAUCCUUCUGGUUCUUUCUUGGUGGAGAAAUGCUUUGCAGCCAGUAACUUUUCCCAUAAAGAGGCCAUCGUGUCGGAGCUGUUGGCUAUGCAAAAUGAACUAUCUAGGACAAGACAUGCCAUAUACUUAUUAAAGAAGCUGGAUGUUGAUAGAUACUCGAGACGACCCGAUCAGUGGAGAGCUGCGCAAACUUCGAAAGAUGCAACUCAGAGGGAAUUUCAAGCUGAAUUUGGGCUAAACAGUAAACCUAUUGGUCAUAGUAUUGAUCAACUUCUUUCUCCUCAAAGUCCCACAAAGAAGCGUAAACACAAAGAGAAGGCCGACAAAGUUACUAUGGAUGCCAGCACUAAUAAGCCCGAUCAAUUUCAGAAAAAUACGAAGAGGCAAAAAUCUGCUGAGGCAAUGUUUGAGGGAGAAUCGAGCAGCAAAAAACUCGUGAGCGAAACCACCAGCACAGCUUUCUUGAAUAAUAGUGGCAAGAAGAAAUCAUCUGGUUUCCUCUCGGACAAACCAAGUUCCAAGAAACAAAAACAUCAAAGACCCAAUUCUGGCCAAUCAGAUGGCAGGCGGUUUGUUGGUGAUAGCGUUAACACACCGUUUGUCAGGAACAAUGUCAAACAGAAACAGUCUAUCGCUGAGCUUGCUGCUCUGGCUGGUAAGGAUAAACUGACUGCAGGGGAAGUCCGGAAACUGCUUAAGCCUGAGAUUUCAGCCAAGAACUAACUGAUCCCAGAUCAUGUGAGCAAGUUGUAAAAAAGCAGGAUUCAUGGUAAGUUCCGCCCCAGUUUCUUGCAAACCACAUGGGUCAAACAAACAAUUUUGUUAGUAGUUUUUUAUAACUCGGCCACUUCGUGAGCUGUAAGAUGCAUGAAAGGAUAUUUACUUGCAAUAUGCUAGUUUAGUUCCCGAAAAUCCA